AGGCUGCAAGGGACGUGGUCGCGGAAGUCCUCACAGAAUCUUUGCAACUCUUGAAGGGCGAAGGGAUUGAAGCUCUUCUGAGAACAGCAGAUCUAGAGAAUCCUCCCAUCAAGCUGAAGAAGCCGAAGUUUGCACAGAUUUCAAGCUUAGAACCAGAAGCAAAAGGCGUCAAUGUCUAUGACAAAGUCCUUUCGGUGCCGGAGAACCUGUAUGAGGAUGCACAUCAAGUUGUCAUCGGCGAUUCCUCUGGUAUAGUGACUUUGAGAAUGCGUGGUGACAAACACAAGGCCUGCAGCGAGGGCAAGGUUGUCCGGGUGCAAAAUGCUCGAGUUGUCAUGAGUAAAGGCCACAUGCACGUGUUGGCGGACAAGUGGGCCGCUUUAAAAGAGGAGGAGCAUGAUGUCGGAGAAGUCAACCAAAAAAACGACCUCUCUGCAACUGAAUAUGAGCUUGUGGAUUCCAAAUAAACCGAAGCCAGAAGCUGCUGAGAGGCGGAAUGAGGCGAUGGCAGGCGAUCUCACAUUGCCCAAAGACGGCGCCAGUUUGUGAAGGAUUUCAAAUUGGAUUUCAACAUAUUUCCAC